AUGUCAGACAUUGUACUCCCAGGUCAAGCACUUUCUCUCCCUCAGAGAGCACCACUCCCACAGACAGGAACAGGUAUAUACAACAGAACAUGUCUCAGAUCGACCAUAAUAGGCAUUCCAUCCACAACAGGAUCACUCAUCUCAGUCAUCCCACCUCGUCCUAUCCCUCCAGUCCCUCAACCAGGCUCACUCGUACUAGGCAAAAUCACCCACCUCUCUCCAACAAGCGCAACACUCCUCAUCCUCGCAGUCGACAACAACCCAUCGGAGGAGUUCACGGGGAUUAUCAGGACUCAGGAUAUACGCGCGACGGAGAGGGACAAGCUCAGGAUGGGUGACUGUUUUAGAGGAGGGGACGUCGUACGCGCUCUGGUGCUCAGCUUGGGUGAUCAGAGGAACUAUUAUCUCUCAACGGCGAGGAACGACCUUGGCGUUGUAUUCGCUACUAGUGAAGCUGGAGGAAUAAUGCAGCCCAUCAAUUGGCAAGAGAUGCGCUGUCCCCGCACAGGCCAAAUCGAGAAACGCAAAUGUGCAAAGCCCUAA